GGGUGGGCGCCCAUGCCUGUCCGGGGAGUCCACAGGCUGAGGGACCGGAGGCACCAAAGGCCAAUAGACAUGUAGGGGCGGAGUCUCCACCAAUUUUUUUUUUUUUCCCGCCUGGUGGACGUGGUCUUGGCAUCCACGCCAAUGAGAGUGCGAGGGCGGGGCCUGACUAGACGCAGGAAAUGGCGACGGCCGCGGGUCCUUGAGCAGUGGGGGCGGGGCCUGGUUGUGGCCCCUCCUUCGCCCGUCCACAAGCUCCCUGGGUGGGAACGGGGUCUCGGAGUACCUGGCUGGUUGGCCAGACCCCGAAGCCAGCGCUGGGAAGGGCUGCGGAUGCCCGGGUGAAAGAAAGGGGCAGGUCCAAGAAUACGCAGGUCUGGUCCUAGGCAAGAAAUGCCCCCUCCCGGGGCCUGCUUCAGUCUUCCUUCGCAGAACACCAGGCCGGGCCCCUUCUCUCUGCCCCCGGGUGCUUGAAGUCUAGCCCCCAUCCUGGUACCAGCGCGCUCUUGGUAGCCUCCUUUCCCAGCUGCCCGCCCGCCGCCAUGCCGCCCUUACUACUCCUGCGCCUGUGCCGGCUGUGGCCCCGCAGCCCUCCCUCCCGGCUCCUCGGAGCGGCCGCCGGGCAGCGGUCCGGUCCCAGUAAUUAUUAUGAACUGUUGGGGGUGCAUCCUGGUGCCAGCACUGAGGAAGUUAAACGAGCUUUCUUCUCCAAGUCCAAAGAGGGACAGGCAAAGGGGGAUAAGGGGAGUCCUGCCCCACCCCAGCUGCACCCGGACCGGGACCCUGGGAACCCAAGCCUGCACAGCCGCUUUGUGGAGCUGAGUGAGGCAUACCGUGUGCUCAGCCGCGAGCAGAGCCGCCGAAGGUAUGAUGCUCAGCUCCGCUCAGGUGGUCCCCCAAAGUCUCCACAAACUACAGCCCAUGACAAGUCUGCCGGCCAAACACACAGCAGCUCCUGGGCACCCCCCAACACACAGUACUGGUCCCAGUUUCAUAGCGUGAGGCCACAGGGGCCCCAGUCGAGGCAGCAGCAACACAAACAAAACAAGCAAGUGCUGGGGUACUGCCUCCUCUUCAUGCUGGCGGGCAUGGGCCUGCACUACAUUGCCUUCAGGAAGGUGAAGCAGAUGCACCUUAACUUCAUGGAUGAAAAGGAUCGGAUCAUCACAGCCAUGUACAAUGAAGCGCGGGCGCGGGCUCAGGCCAGGUCUGUCCCUGCUCUAUUCUGCCCCCUGCUCCCUGUCCCGACACCACACUUCGGGAUCCCUAUCCCAACCACCCAGGUGCCCUCUCCUCCAGCGCCAACAGAGCCAGCCUUCAGCAGGAGCGACAACAGCAAAGGCAGCAGCAGCCGCCACCACCGGAGCCAACUCAGGUCCCCGAGAUCGUGCCCCCGGGCGCCGGCCCCUGAGGGGCUCACCUGGAUAGGGCCUGCAGUGCGUUCCCGCCUUGCUUCCUUCCCGGGACUGCCCGCUUCCCAAAACGCGCGCAAUAAAUUGAUUCGCAGAGCUAGUGUGCGGCUCUCUCCUUCAGGCCCGGCGCCCCCUGCCCCGGCUUCGCCGAGGGGCAGCGCCCCGCCCUCUGGGUAGUGACUGCGGCGACCCGGGAGCCCGGCCCCCUGGGCGGUGCGUCCC